AUGCCGGUUCAUUCGCAGGAAAAUCUCGAGCUAAAGAAAUCUCUCGACGCAAUUCGAGAUGAAAUCGACGGAUGGAUUAUGAUUCAAAAGGUGGCUGAGUUGCGAAACGAGGAGCAACAAACGAAGAUAAUGGCACCGUUGAAUGCAAAAAACCCUAUCCUCCAAUCGACACUACCGCAAGACCUUGUGCAUGCAGUGGCGAAGAUGUUUCAUAAAACGAGCGAUGUCGAAUCACUGUUGAGGGAAAACGGCAAUCUUCAGAGUCAAAUCGAUUGGAUUACAAAUGAGUUAGAGUUUGAAACGGGAAUGAUUAAAGACUUGCGCGCUUUGUGCCUUUUGGAGACGAGUCGCUUAAAGCAGGAGGAGCAAUUCUGGUCCGAACAAGUGGAGAUCACGAAUAAACUGGCCACCGAAGUUCAGGAACUCGAAAAGAUGCUUGAGCAACCACUG